AGGAAGUUGGGGGAGGUGGGACUCUGGAGCUCCGUGUGGCCGCACCGACACUUCACACUCACCUGUACCUGAAAUGAACACCUGUUGCCUGGGGCUUUUCACCGGGAGAGGCGCUCAUAUUUCAGCAGCUCCACAAAGGAACAAGGCCCAUAGUUGUUUCAAUUCCUCUGGACUCCACACACAGACACACACAGACAGACACACACGAGGAGGAUGCGUUAAGAGAAGACCGAGCUCUGGAUUUUAAAACAUCCAGGAACUGACUCUGUGCUACAGAUUGAACAUGCUGCAGGUUGCAUGAGCGGCUGAUAUGGAGCCAGCGGGAUCCUACAUGCAGACUUUUAUGGUGGUGGCAGCUUUCUGCCUCUUUGCAGGGAGCGUUGAAGUUGCGAGGCCGGAAGUGCGAGGGAAGGCUGGAGGCGAGGUGGAGCUCGGGUGCAGCUUUCCUCCAUCAUUCCCGACCGCCGUGUCCUCUGCGUCCCUGCAUGUGGUGGAGUGGGUUCGACAGGGACUCGACAUCCCCGUCCUGAUCAAAUUUGGAUCCUACGUGCCUCGGGUCCAUCCGCGGUAUGAGGGGCGGGUGUCUCUGGUCCGUGUCACGUCCAUGAGGCUGGAGGACCUGAGGCUGGAGGACCAGGGUUCAUACGAGUGUCGGAUCCUCUUACUGGAUAAACCCACGGAUGAGCUGCGAAACGGCACCUGGACCCGGCUCUCUGUGACCGCCCCACCCACCUUCACCGAAGCCCCGCCCCCUGCAGUGGAGGCUCUGGUCGGAGGUCGCCUCUCUCUUCCCUGUGUGGCCAAUGGGAACCCCCCUCCCACCAUCACCUGGCUGAAAGAUGGCGGCGUUAUUGAACGGAUAAAUUAUCAGGACGGAGCCUUAUCUCUCGGAGCAGUGAGCGUGCAGUCAGCGGGUCGGUACACCUGCCACGCCUCCAACUCCGAGGGAAACAGGACCCGGGUGACCGAGGUGAAGGUCAAAGGUCCGCCCGUCAUUGUCGUCCCUCCCAGAAGCACGUCUCUCAACAUGUCGUUGAAAACGCGAGUGAAGAUCAUGGUGGACGGAACCCUGCUCAUCUCCAGGCUCGUCCCCGAGGAUUCUGGGAACUACACCUGCAUGCCGAGCAACGGCCUGCUGACCCCCCCCACGGCCUCCGCCAACCUCACCGUGAUGCACCCGGCCCUGGCUCUUCCAAUGCCCGAGGAGACGUACCUUCCCACCGGUAUGGAUGGCGUGGUCACCUGCCCGGCGGCGGCUCAGCCUCCGCUGCUCCGCGUGGAUUGGACAAAGGAUGGAGAACCGCUGGAUCUGUCCUUGUAUCCAGGUUGGACCUUGACGCCGCUGGGCUCCUUGUUCAUGGCCACAGUCAAUGACGACGCGGCCGGCGUGUACACGUGCACUCCGACCAACAGCUACGGCAGCAUGGGUUCAUCUGGGCCGACCAAUGUGAUUCUGCAGGACCCUCCAUCAUUCAGCGUGGCUCCGGAGAAGCAGUACCGACAGGAGGCCGGCCGGACCCUGCUCGUCCCCUGUCAGGGAAACCAGGACCCAACAACCAGAGUGACCUGGAGCAAGGUAAACAGCCCGGUGAACAUCGCUUACGCAAUCGAGCCCAACGGUUCCCUCCUGUUGCAGCCCCUCACCAAGGACCACCAGGGGGCGUGGGAGUGCAGUGUCACUAACCGAGUGGCCUCGGUGAAGACCAGCACACAGGUCUUUGUCCUCGGCACCAGUCCCCAUCCGGCUGCCUCUCUGUCCGUCUCUCCCGGGGUGAGGCAGGCCAACGUGUCCUGGGAGGCCGGCUUUGAUGGAGGAUCGGCGCAGACAUUUGCAGUUUGGGUGAAGAAGAUUUCAGCGAGCGGUGAUAACGGUGAUGAGAAGCAGGCGUGGUUCUCCGUGCCCGUGGCCCCGUCCUCCGGCGCCAGGCUGCAGGUGACUGGCCUGUCUCCCGCCACCGAUUACCAGUUCAGCAUCCUGUCCCAGAACAAACUGGGAACGGGGCCCUUCAGCGAGUUCGCCACCGCACGGACUUUAGAUCCUCCACAGAGGAGAAGCAAACUAAAGCCUCCCGUGUCGCUGUCAGCUGAUCAGGGGCCAGCAGGUGUCGUUCUGCAGUGGGCCCUUCCUGAAGAGCAGCGCCCCCCCAUCACAGGCUUUGUUCUCCAGUUCCGCUCCCAGCAAGAGGACUGGUUUAAUCUGGUGGAGGACAUCGCUGCCAACAGUAGCGAGAUAGUGGUUCCGGGUCUGCCCAAGGAUGGUGUGUACGAGCUGCGGCUGCUAUCUCGUCGCGGGGAGUUGCUGAGCGAGCCCAGUCCAUCAGUCAAUGUCUCCACCAUGGCGAUGGAGAUCUACCCCAGCACAUCCCCGCUCCUGGAGUUCGUCCCGGAGCCAUUACUGGCCGGCGUGCUGGGCGGGGUCGGCUUCAUGUGCUUGGCACUGGUCUUGCUGCUGGGGGCCGCCUGUGUCAUCAGCCACAGGAGGAACCAGCGUCGCAGAAAGAAGAAGGAUGAUUCCCCUCCAGCCAUCUAUAAACGCUCCCCAUCCAUAAAGACUCCAGGCACCGGUAGUCCAGACAGUGUGUUGAAGAAAAGCCUUCUUCCAGCCAGCAGCCUCUAUCCCACCACUUCCUCCUCCACCACCACCGCCACCUUCUCCUCCUCCUCCUCCUCGCAGACAGACUGUUUCUCCUCCGGCGCUGAGAAUCCUAAUCGGCGGAAGCAUCUCCUGUCGUACCCCAGCAGGGGCCGUCUCACCAGGACAACUUCCUCCCCGAUUUCUCCCCCGAUUGAGUUGAUCUCCAGGGGUCCAGACGGGCGCUUCACACCUUAUGACCCUGACACAUUAAGUGUUCACAGCAGGAAAAGUUUAAGGUAUCACCAGGGCAGCAGAGUCCGAAGGUCUGUGUCGCUGCACUCCGGAGGGGAAGACAGGAAAGAACGACCUUUUGUGCUUUCCGUUGAUCUCCCUCCUCUCAAACCAGCGGAGGCCACCUCCCCAAGCCAAGUCUGUGGCAUGGUCCGGCAUCUGCCCCACCCUAAUGCUUACAUCUGGAAUCAGAAGGCAAGCUACGAUGGCUUUCCCGACAUGAGCAGCCUGUGCUCCAACACCAGUUUGGCCACGAUUCCUCGCCAAGGCCGAGGAGUAACUCCCACGUUCCCUGUGCUCCCACAUAUCCGAUCCGGCCUGGGUCAGCCGUCCACAACAGCCAGCGCCCUGGUGCUGCAGAUGGAGCACGAGCGGGAGCGAGGGAACCUGAGUCGCUGCCUGAAACUGGCUCAGGAGAGGGAGGAGCUGGAGAGGGAGCUGCAGAGCUACACGCUAGACAGAGGCUCGAUGAGGGAGAUGAAGAGGGAGCAGACGGACUGGGAGAGAGGAGAGGCUGGCGAUGAGGAGUUUGUCUGGGAGUAUAAGAGCAGCACGUUGCCACAAAGAUACCCUCAGGGAGGCAGGAAGAGCUGUGGUUUAUCCGUUAGCCCUUUAUCUUUAUCCUCUGCCCACCGGGAAGCCCGUCCACUUGCCUCUCCUCCACUCGGCGCAUCUUCACCUGCGAUUGCCUCUUGUUUUAAGUCUGGCAACCACCAAUUCACGCCAUCAUUCACCAGUCAGACCCCACUCCAGUGUGCGGAGGCAGGCAGUUUUUCCAGAGACACAUUAACUCUCCCACAUCUCCCCGCAAAGCGCCAGAGACAUGAAAGAGCAGAGGCAGCACCACGGGGCUCUGAUCAUUCACCACAAUCCACAGUCUUAGAAAUGCAAACAAAUGAUUCACGCUCUGAGGCACAGAGACAGAACAGCCUCAGUCACUGCAGCCUCUCAAUGUCGUCUUUCUAUAGAAAUGAAUAUACAGAAAGCUCGUAUUUGCCUAUCGAUGCAGUUUCUGUAAAAGCAGAGGCCUCGUUCCUCAGGCCCGCAGCUGGUGAUGCAUGUGCUGAGAUGAGCGUGGAUGAGCCAGAGCUGGAGGUAUGUGUACCGCGGCCGAUGCUGCACCACAGAAUCGCCUCUCAUGUGCAACACGGCCGAUCGCUGACUCACAGAGGCCGGUAUGAAGACGCGAGGAGGAGCACAAGCUUCAACUGCCGCACUCCUGCCUCUGUGGACCCGAUUCGAACUUCUCCACAACGUCCAGAAGCACAACUCUGUAGAUCUGGGACCAGUGGCUCCAAAGUCUGGGACUCUAAGGGGCGAAGUCGUAGCCUGGACUCAAGGAGACGGAAAGAUCCAAAUUUCCCAACCCCUGAUGUGUGGAUAGAGUCACUAAGCCAAGAGAACUGUUCUGUUGCAUCCUCGUGUCAUGAAGACACGCUUUUCUGGGAACCACAGAGCUCUCCUACCAAAAAGUCUCCUGUAAAUUCUCCUUCUGCUACCCAAGAUGCCUCCUGUUCACCUCCUGCCGUCCACACUUUAUCCUCGGGCAGCAGUCCAGAGAACUUUAUUCCAAAUCCUGACGUGCCUCGCCACUACGAGCCAAGACCAGAGGACUCCGUCUUUCCAAAUUCUGCCACAUGGCCAAUCGCUUACCACCAGGAGGCCGUGGACGAUGCAGAGGGUUACUCAGACACCACGAGGGAAGCUCCUAGAUGCUUACCUCCCAACAACAAUGGCCAGGAGGCACUGGAUGUGGAGGCAGGAGGCUACGAGGGAGGGUUGGAGUCCGGGAGCAACUACAGCAGCUACGCCAGCAGCGGCCGAGGCAGCAUGGAGCCGGCUAACGGACGCCUGUCGCUGUGCCACCUGUCCCCAACACUCACCAGCUCACCUGAGACUGUGGAGGAGAGCCAGUUUAACACAGAGGACAAGCACAGUCACCAAAUGGAACACGGCCAAAGGAGAAAGGCCUCCGUUGAUGAGAAUUAUGAGUGGGAUGCGGAUGAUGUCUUCCCAGAGCCUGGAGACGGGGACGGCCUGCUUCUCCCAAUGAUUCUGCUGAAGCCUCCUCCGUGCCGUGGCCUUCCCAGCAUGCCGUGCUCUGCGAGGGCUGUGAAAAAAUACACUCAGCUGUCUUUGCACCCAGGGCAUCAAAGCAGCUGCUCUGCUGAGCCAGAACCAGACACUGUGCUGUUCUGACAGUGGCAGCCUUCGGCUCAUCUCACUGGUGUGUCCUUUCACUCAGCGACUCGCAUCGAGAGGCGACAAAAACUGCAUGUGGCAGAAA